AUGCUUGGGGCUGCGGCUGUUGGAAACGGAGCGGCGGGUGGCGGCUGGGGACCGAGCGGCGGCUGGCUGGGGAUCGGGUGGCGGCUGGGGGGAGGGUUGGUGUACCCCGCCGGGGGGGGGGGGGGUACGGGGGGGGACGGGGAGGGGGGGGGGGGGGGUCUGCACAACCGGGGGGGAGGGGGGAACCGGCUUGGAACCGACGGUCGGCGCCGCGGACUAGAGGUCGGUGCCGGCGGUGGAGUCGGGUCGGCGCCGAAGGACAGCGGCGGCGCCGGGGACCGGGGACCGGUGCGGGAGAGAGGGAGAGAGGGUCGACGCCAGAGCCGGAGGUCGGGCCCGGAGGUUGGGUCGGGUCGGCGCCGAUGGUCGGCGACGGCGACGGGGGCCGGUGAUCGGAGCUAG